AUGUUGGCUGGGUGUUCUAGUUCUACAUUGUUGUCACCAAGGCAUAGAUUGAGGAGUGAAGCAUCUGCACAAUUUCAAGCUUGCCAUUUCCAACAACCUUCGAUGAGCACGCAGAGAUUGGACUUGCCUUGUAGCUUCCCGCGGAAAGAUAGCUCUCGUUCGCAGCAACUUAGGCCGGUGGGCCUUUCAGUGGAGAAGCCGAUUGAAGCCAAGACCGGUUCUUAUUCUCUGAAGCAGAACAUAAGACUUCCACCUUUGGCAACCACAUCACAGGCGGCCACAAGCACUCACCAGAUCAACGAUGAGUUUUGGGACAAAAGCGCUAAGAGUCUGAAGAGGCUUGCAGAGCACGAGUCUUCUCCCAAGAAAGCCAAGAGAAAAAAGGGUAGCAGCGAUGAUGUUCUGGAAGGAGGAGGAGGAGGAGGGGAGGGUUUGAGUUUGGCUCAAAUGGGUGCUGGAAAUUUUUGGUUACAGCCUGGCCUUGACAUGACUACAAGGACUUCACUUCCUUUCUCUCUGACUUGUUCAGGGGAUGAGGAAAGGGUCUGUUUUGUUCCUAGUGAAGUGGUUUCUGCUCCUGCUCCUUGGGUGGAAUCUUCUAUAACUAAGAUCACGGACCUUGGUGAGAAGAACGCUGAGGGUAGCCACCACCUUCCUCCUGUAAAGGAAGCCUCACCCUCCGAUUCUUCAUCAGAAAGCCAAGGCUUGAGCCUGAGGUUGAAUGAGAAUGUCUCGGAGCAUGAAGUGGGUAAUGGGUCAGGGAUUCCUCCGCAUCACUAUCAAGGCACUGAGGUGGAGACAGGAGAGGAGGAUAGCCAAGAGGAGAAUCGUGGAUUUGAACUUGUUAGUUUACUCACUGCUUGCGUUGAGGCUAUUGGAUCGAAGAAUGUGGCUACAAUCAACCAUUUCAUAGCAACAUUGGGUGAUCUUGCGUCUCCAAAGGGAACCUCAAUAAGCCGUUUGUGUGCUUAUUUUACCGAAGCCUUAGCCAUCAGGGUUACCAGGCUCUGGCCUCAUAUAUUUCAUAUUACCACUCCUCGGGAGCUAGAUAGGGUGGUGGUGGAGGAUGAAACUGGCACUGCAUUAAGGCUUCUGAAUCAGGUCAGUCCAAUCCCCAAGUUCCUUCAUUUCACUUCAAAUGAAAUAUUGUUGAGAGCUUUUGAAGGGAAAGACAGGGUUCACAUCAUAGAUUUUGACAUAAAGCAAGGGCUUCAAUGGCCGAGCUUGUUCCAGAGUUUAGCUUCGAGGACUAAUCCUCCAAGCCAUGUUAGAAUCACGGGCAUUGGGGAGUCCAAGCAAGAGCUGAAUGAAACCGGUGAUAGGCUUGCUGGAUUUGCUGAGGCAUUGAACCUUCCCUUCGAGUUUCAUCCAGUGGUGGAUAGACUAGAAGAUGUGAGGCUUUGGAUGCUUCAUGUGAAGGAACACGAAAGUGUGGCUGUGAAUUGUGUUCUGCAGCUACACAAGACGCUUUAUGAUGGGAGCGGAGGAGCUUUGAGGGAUUUUUUGGGGCUCAUUCGCAGCACAAAUCCUACAAUGGUGGUUAUGGCAGAGCAAGAAGCACAGCACAAUGAGGUCAGGUUGGAAACAAGAGUGUGCAAUGCUUUGAAAUAUUACUCUGCUCUGUUUGAUUCCAUCGAUCACUGCCUUCCAAGAGAGAGCCCCAUGAGGACUAAGAUAGAGGAGAUGUAUGCUCGAGAGAUCAGGAACAUCAUUGCUUGUGAAGGAAGCGACAGGUUGGAGAGGCAUGAGAGUUUCGUGAAUUGGAGGAAGAUGAUGGAGCAAGGAGGGUUCAGAUGCAUGGGAGUUAGCGAGAGGGAAAGGAUUCAGAGCCAGUUGUUGUUGAAAAUGUAUUCUUGUGAUAAUUUCAAUGUGAAGAAGCAGGAGCUAGAAGAUGGAGCAGCAGCAGCACUAACUCUUGGUUGGCUAGAUAACCCCCUCUACAGUGUCUCGGCAUGGGCACCAGUUGAUGCUGCAGGCACUUCAUCCUCUGUUUCUCAGCCUAUUUGA